AUGCCAUAUCCGUUCAUUUUGGCUGGUGGUUAUACAGCAGUUCAUAUAGCCUGUCGGUUAGGAAAAUUAUCCAUUUUGAAACUAUUAGUACAAAAACAAGGUGAUUUAUUUUUACGAGAUGAUGCCGGAUUGACACCAAUUUAUUGGGCAUAUUCGCAAUAUUCCAUUAGUCGCCGACAGAAAACAUUAGCUUAUAUUGACUAUUUAUAUCCAUCAGCAUUAAACGAGCUUCACGUUGAUAGAAUUCCUGUUAAACAAGUAAGCAGUAAUGCAGGUCUACCAUUAGAUAUAAAAACAUCGCUUAAAAGUCCUCGUUCUCCACCAUUAAGACAUGUUACAAGUGACAUCAUCCCUAUUUAUCCAUGUACAAUAUCCGAUUUGAUUCCCAUUCAAGGAUCAAUUCAUUAUUGUGUUAGUCAAUAUGUUCACGUUUCUGUCAUGUCACUGAAUAAUCAAAAAGUAACAUGUAAAUACAUUGAUGAACAAUUAAAACGAACUGGCGGUUAUUCAUCGUCAUACAAUAGUUUAUUACAGAAUGAAUUUGAAUAUAUUCGUCGUAUACAGAAUUUUGAUAAUAUAAUUAAAUGUAUUUCUGUCUGUUACAAUAAGCAAAUACCAUUGAUUAUCGAUUAUUUAAUAUUUGAACCAAUCUAUCGUGAGUCGUUACAUUUUGUAUUACACAAACAACAUAAAUAUCCAAAAAUCCGAACAAUCUCAGAAAUAUUGCAUGCAAUACUGAGUGCUGUUCAAUAUUUACAUACUGAAAGAAUUUUACAUUUAAAUAUAACGUCACAUGCAAUCUAUUUUACACGACAUAAACAAGUUAAAUUAGGAAAUUUUGAAUAUGCUGUCACUUGGAUAUCCAAUCCACUUGAUCAAGAAAUACGUGAUAUAAACUAUGCUGUUGCAGCAGACUUCUAUUAUGAAUGGUUAGCACCUGAAUUAUUUGGAUAUCCUCACGAUAAUAUUCGUCCGACAAAUAAAUGUGAUAUUUAUUCAAUCGGUGUUCUAUUAUGGGAAUUAGUUCAACGGAAACUACCAUUUAAAGGUUAUUCAAAAGAACAAUUAGGUGAUUUUUAUCGUCAUCAAUAUCAGGAAGGUGGUCUUUCACUAGCGCUACCAUUAAAUAAAUAUACUAUGCCAGCAGUUUUCUAUAGAUUUUUACAAUCGACACUAUGUCUUAGUCCAUCAGAGCGCUUGAGUAUAGACGAUUUAAUGGAAUUGUGCAAUAAUUGGCCAGUGACAAUGAGAUACGGACCUUUGGAUUCACCACGAAAACAAUCAACUUCUGCUCAUGUUACAUCAAUUAUUUCCACGCAACCACCACAAAGUGUUUUAAAUCUUCUUCAACGUCCAAUUAGUGGUUUAAAACUGUCGCAACAUCUUACAACAGAUCAACAAGAAAAUUCAUUCGAUGUAUUCUGCGAAUCACAAAAACAAUUAACACUUGGUGAAAAUAACGACAACCGUGAGAAUAUUAUCAAAAAUCAUGGUAAAAUAUGUGUGAAACCUUACAGUCAGUCGACCGAUAAAAUAACGACAAUUCCAAAAUACUCAAAUAAUUAUAAAUCAAAUCAUCCAGAAACGUUUCCCGACACAGCUGUUGAUAAAAAACAGCUAGUUGAAGAAGAAAAUGAAACAAAUUCAUUUAUACCAAAUUAUAAUUUUAAUAAUCAAACAAAUUUUGAAAGUGAUAAUACGUACUUCGAUGAGGAUGAAGAAGAUGACGAAAAUAGAUAUAGUUCUUCGUCUUCGGAAGACGAUAAUGAUGAGGCUGGCAGCGAUGAUUACAUUUACCAUCGUCAUUAUGACAGUAGACACAAUAAAGAAAAAUAUGCCGUUGUAGAGUAUGAAUCCUAUAAGGGAGAUUUCGAUUAUACAUAUACUGCUUUGGAUCGUUUACACAGAGCUACAGAGUCCUAG